GAUUCUGGGGCGAGGUUCCGCCCAGUGCUUGCGUCACAGUUGGUUUCCCCUGCCCCCUGCUGUGUGUCCCUGUUGCCCCUGGACACCCCGGCAGCAGCAGAACCUCAGUCCGAGCUGCCUGUCAGGGGUGAAAGGAGAGGGACGACCACCCAUCCCGGAGAGCAGAGUCAAAGGAGCAACACAGUCAACUGUGGAAACCGACUUGGUUUCUCAUUCCCCUCAUCCAAUGGACUUUAAUUCUGACCUUUAAUUUUGGCACUAACUCUGUGCACUUGUGCUUCCUGUUGUUUCAGUCCUGAUCAAGAUUCUCCAGCCCCGCUGUGUCACCUAAUUGCAGCAGACAGUGGCAUCUUGCAGAAGUCCUGGAAGAAAUCUUUUCACUCAGUCCUUCUCAAUUUACUAAAGAACAUCCAUGUCUGCUUUUGAUCUGAAGAAUGAGAGCAUGCAGUCUACAGAGCCUGAGAUAGAAUAUAUCACCCCACGGAUGAAAUGUAGGGAUGAGAUGUUUACCUUUGUUGAUGGCAGAGGAGUGAAUGAAAUCUACUGCCAGCCACCCUUUGCUUCCCACCGGAAAUUCUUUAGCAAGAAGACACAGGAUGACUGGAGCAUCUGGGAGGAGAACAGAGCCCUCUGGGAGGAAAACCAAGUCCUUCGGAUUGAGAACAGGAUGCUCUGGGAAGAAAACAGCACUCUUCAAUGUUUCCAGCCACAGAACAGAGCUGUCCAGGUUAUUUACACCGAUGCCAUUCAGCAAAGUCUCCAGAAGGAAAAUAAGCCGUUCCCAUUCUUCCAAGAGAGGAACAUAGGCUUUCAGGUUAGCCCGGGCAACAAAGUUCUCCAGGUGGUCCAAGAAAAGCGUAGGGUCUUAGAGGAUUUCCAGAAGGAGAAUAAAACAGUCCCCAUCAUCUGGAAAGACCAAGAAUCCAUCACAGUCCAUGAAGAGAGCAAAGAUGCUAUCUCAGAUCUUCAGAAGGAUACUGAUGACACCGUAGCUGUCGAAAAAGAUAACCCUGACCCAGCCUCCAAGCAGGAACAUGAAGCUAAAAGUAAGAGCACCACUCCAUCUCAGAAUACAAUCAAGUCUUGCUCAAGCAUGCAGAGUGAAUCUGAAGUCCUCCAGGCUCUCCAGGACUUAUAUGAACUGCUCCACAUCUUUCUGAAGGUGAAUCCUCUCCUUGGGGAGAAACAGGGCCAUUGCAAUCACUAUGAUGUCAAAAGAUCCUUCCAAGAAGAUUACAAUAAACUGAAGAUGCAGCUGAAUGCUGUGAAAAAUGCUGUGGCAGAUAUUAGAGCUCAAAUGCAAAUACUGGAAAAGGAACUCAUUAACAUCACUUCUGCAUUGUAUGAAUAAGCAGGACAGAAGCUGGCAACUGGGCAUCACCUUGGAGAAACAUGAAGCUUGGCGCUAAGACCUGUUAGUUCAAUGUCCUGGAAAGCUGCUCUCCUUGUUUCAGGGAACCUAAUAAAAUCGCAGUAGAGCCUGAAGACA